UGACUCACACCCGGGAGCCCUCAGGAUGGGGCAACUGAGCGGAGGUGGAGCUUCCCCCACAGGGGCUCCUCCGAAACUACCUUCAGGGAAGGGGGCGCCCAGGACUCAUUCACUCACUCACUCGGCAAUGCCUCCCAGCACCGGGCGCUGGGCCAAGUUCACCGUUUCGAUGGCAAAAAAAAAAAAAAAGAGUCCUUUCCGGCCCGUGCUGGGGAGAGAGAGCUGGCCGAGACGCUCCCCGGCCCUACACCGACCCGGCCUGGGCAGCUGUGGCACAGCGCCCGGAGCCUCGCGGGGCAUUGUGGGUAGGCGCUUUAAAAGAUGCCUAGGCGCGCCUAGGCGCCCAGGAGCGCUGCGACCGUGCUCCCGGCAGCAGUCAUGGCACUGUCGCUCACCACCCGCGGCCUCCUGUUGCUGAUGCGAGCCAUCGGCUUCCUCAUCGGCCUCUUCGGGAUGGCCGCGCGGGCCUUCGACUACAGCCGGCGCCUCGGCGGCCCCCGUGCAGCCCAGCCCACCAGCAAGUCCCUGUUGCUCCUGUCAGCGCUGCGUUUGGCUAAGCUCAUCCGCCAGAGGAAGGUGAAGUGUAUAGAUGUCAUCAAUGCCUAUAUUGACCGAAUAAAGGAAGUAAAUCCGUUGAUCAAUGCAAUUGUCAAAGACCGAUUUGAGGCAGCUCGGCAAGAAGCUCUGGAAGUAGAUAACUGGCUCUCUAAGGAACAAGAAGAUGAAACCACACUAGAACAGAAACGGCCCUUUUUGGGGGUCCCUUUGACUGUGAAGGAAGCCUUUGAGUUAAAUGGGAUGCCCAAUUCUUCUGGCCUGGUGAACCGUAAGGACGUCAUCUCCAAGACUGAUGCUGCAGUCGUAGCAUUGCUGAAGCAAGCUGGUGCUAUUCCCCUUGGAGUGACCAAUUGCAGUGAGCUCUGCAUGUGGUAUGAGUCCAGCAACAAGGUUUAUGGCAGAACCAACAAUCCGUAUGAUGUACGGUGCAUUGUGGGAGGGAGUUCCGGAGGUGAAGGCUCUGCUCUAGGAGCUGCUUGUUCCGUGAUCGGUGUGGGCUCAGAUAUUGGUGGCAGCAUCCGGAUGCCAGCUUUCUUCAAUGGUAUUUUUGGACAUAAGCCUUCAUCAGGAGUGGUCUCCAAUGAGGGCCAGUUUCCCGUGGCUAUGGGAGCCCAGGAAGAGUACCAGUGCACGGGACCCAUGUGUCGCUAUGCUGAGGACUUGGAGCCCAUGCUGAGAGUCAUGGCAGGACCUGGCAUCCAUAAGUUAAAGCUGGAUAAAAAGGUUCCACUACAAAAAAUAAAAUUCUAUUGGAUGGAACACGAUGGGGGCUCGCUUCUAGUGUCUCCAGUGGAACCAGAACUACUUCAGGUCCAGAAGAAGGUGGUGAGACAUCUUGAGACUGUGCUAGGGGCCUCGGUUCAGCAUGUCCAACUUAGACAGAUGAAAUACUCAUACCAGAUCUGGGUCACUGUGAUGUCAGCCAGGAACCAGGAUGGCAAGGAGGCGGUGAAGUUCCUGGAGCUGCUAGGAGAUCACGGAAAGCCUGUGUGGCCCCUCUGGGAACUGAUGAAGUGGUUCCUUGGGAUGUCAACACACACCAUCCCUUCUAUUGGUCUGGGCCUGAUGGAAUCAGUUCUCAAACAUGACCAUCAAACCAAUACCAAGUUUGAAAAAUUACGGCAAACUCUUUGGUCAGACCUUGUAGACAUGCUGGGAAAUAAUGGAGUCUUCUUAUACCCCUCCCAUCCUAAAGUGGCUCCCAAGCACCACUUCCCUCUGACAAGGCCUUUCAACUUUUCUUACACAGGUAUCUUCAAUGCCCUGGGCUUGCCUGUGACCCAGUGCCCACUUGGCCUGAGCAGUCAGGGGCUUCCUCUGGGUAUCCAGGUGGUGGCUGGCCCCUUCAAUGACCACCUGACCCUGGCUGUGGCUCAGUACCUGGAGAAGAGUUUUGGUGGCUGGGUCUGUCCCGGGAAGGCCUUAGAGUGACCUUCCCACAGUUCAGAUUUAACCGAUUUGUGGGUAACAAAGAUUAGGAGGGACAACUACUGCUUAAUUUUAAAAACACCAUGAUAAGCUCUUAUGAGAUUAAUGGACCAAAUCUAAUAAGUGGAUGAAAAGUAACAAUGAUAAAUGUAAAAUAAAUGACACAACACAAAAACAUGACGUGAAAAAGA